UGUUUCUCACGCUAUAUUAGUCAGUAAUCAUGCGACCAGACAAUCCGUCGCUUCUAUUAAAUCAAUUUAAUCGUUUUAAGUGAUUUCUGAUCCGUAAUGAGUGUGCGAGUGAGAGGCGCCAUGGAUAGGUCGUUUAAGAGAAUUUUGAGGAGACAGAAGACCGUUCACGGUGACAUGCCGGUGAAGGACGGCAGCCGGAGGUCGCUGGUCGGCGUCAUCGACGAUGGCACCAAGACCGUCAGAGUUGUAAUAUACGAGGCAGAACGCUCAGACGAGCUUGCCGCGUACCAACUAGACAAAACCGAAGUCCAGCCGCAGGAAGGAUGGUCCGAACAGGAUCCCUUGGAGAUCAUACACCACAUCAAACUAUGUGCCGAGAAAGCCGUCGAACAACUAGCUGUGAAAGGCUACUCCAAAGAUGACAUAGUGGCGCUGGGCAUAACCAAUCAGCGGGAGACGACGAUAGCGUGGGACCGAUUCACGGGGGAGCCAUUACAUCCCGCUAUAGCAUGGAACGACAUCCGCACAGACGCCACCGUAGAUGCGAUCCUCGCCAAAGUCCCGGAUCAGAAUAAGAACUACCUUAAAAGUGUAUCUGGUCUCCCGAUCAGUCCGUACUUUAGCGCUUUGAAGAUGAGAUGGCUGAAAGAUAACGCCAAGACUGUGCGGCGCGCUGGGCGGGAUAAGAGGCUCAUGUUUGGGACUGUUGACUCUUGGAUCGUAUGGAAUUUAACCGGCGGUCCGCGUGGAGGGCUCCACAUCACUGAUGUCACCAACGCGUCGCGAACACUUCUGAUGAACCUGGAAACUUUGAAUUGGGACCCUAUGCUCUGUAGGUUAUUCGGUAUCCAUCGAGAUUCGUUACCCCAAAUACGAAGCAGCUCCGAAGUGUACGGCGUGGUCAAAGACGGAUCCAUUUUAGACGGAAUUAGGAUAUCUGGAAUAUUAGGUAACCAGCAGUCAGCACUGGUCGGUCAAAACUGCCUGUCAGCCGGUCAGGCCAAGAACACCUACCGAAGUGGAUGUUUCCUCCUCUACAACACUGGGUCCCGUCGUGUGCAAUCCACACACGGCCUCCUUACCACAGUCGCUUACAGGCUGGGACCCCAAGCACCGCCUGUAUAUGCAUUAGAAGGCUCAAUAGCUGUAGCGGGAGGCGCCAUGAAAUUCCUCCGUGACAACCUCAAACUGAUUAAAGACGUGGCGAAGGACACAGAGCAUAUCGCCGGCCAAGUGUUCUCUACAGGGGACGUUUACUUCGUGCCGGCCUUCAGCGGGCUGUACGCGCCGUACUGGAGGAAGGACGCUAGGGGAAUUAUUUGCGGUCUGACGGCAUUCACCACAAAACAGCACAUCAUAAGGGCAACGCUGGAGGCUGUUUGUUUCCAAACUAGGGACAUAUUGGAAGCCAUGAACAAGGAUUGCGGUAUGCCGCUGUCAAAACUACACGUGGAUGGACACAUGACUCGUAACGAUUUGCUGAUGCAACUCCAGGCCGAUCUCGUCGGGAUACCUGUGUUGCGUGCGCAAUCCUGGGACAUGUCCGCGCUCGGCGCCGCCGUGGCGGCCGGGCACGCGGCCGGCGUGUGGUCCAUCGACACGUGGCGCGCCACCGCCACACCCAUCGACACCUUCCUACCCACUACCACAGACGAUGAUCGCGACGCGCGGUACACAAAGUGGAAGAUGGCCGUGCAACGCUCUCUCGGCUGGGCCGCCAUCAAAAAGUCCAUCACCAUGACAGACGAACGCUACAAACUGCUCUCCUCGAUACCAGCAACUCUUUUCCUCAUUGGCAGCUUCACCAUGCUAGUCGUUUCCAAUGCGCUCAAAAAUAGAUAUUUGCAGUCACCGCCGAGCAAGUGUCGAGCUGGAACUUCAUUGGCGCGGACAUGAACUAACUCCAUCAUAGGAUUGCCUGAUGAUGAGCAAAUAUUAGCAAUGGAUCUCACCGUCAUCGCCGUCAUCGUCUAAACAAUACGGCGCAAAUGACCUUUAACAUGACAUUUUCGGCACUUAUGAUUAGCAAAACGACCUUUCCUUUUACUGUCGGCAGCAAGUCGUCUUUGCGGCAGCUUUGUGUCCUAUAUUAUAUCAUGUCUUAUGCUCCUGGAUAUUUCGAAAGUAAAAUCGUCUUUAAACCUCUAGGAUGCAAGCGUACCUCCCAUGUUCUCAAACUGACUAUACCUACGCACAGUACUAGCUUUAUGACACAACACUUUUUGAUAUUUCGAUGCAACUUUGAUUAACGCUCGACGGCUCCUGCCCGGCGACCGCGGUUGCCCCAGCGCACCCGCAUCGCCUUCUUUCUACCAGUUCCACCGCCUUAGAAUGUCAAACUGCGAAGGGUCGUUCCGUUUUCACAGAUAAUGGCCCCCAUAUAAAACAUUCGUGACGGAGUUGUUUAUCCUAUUCUGUUACGAUAUAAAAAAACUAAUGUUAAUCCUGUUAUUUGGAACGUUUUAACAAUCAUAAUUGUAAUAUGUUUAAAAUAAAAAGUAUGCAAGGAAUUAGGACUUGAGAUAAUUAUGCGGUGACUAAAAAAACGACCUAAUUAAGAAACUCAGAGUUACUCCUAGCAUUUAUUAAUUGUAGAAUUUAGGGCUCUUGGCGAUAUAAACAUAAAUUUGGGCGAAUCAACUUUUAGACCAAAACUACUUCUGUCCGAGUCAUUUAAACUUCUAUUACAUACUUUUAAAUCAUUUUAUAAAUGUUGUAUACGUUAAAACAAGCGAUUGAGAGCAUUUAUAGGUAUAUAAAAUUUAGACAAAUAUUAAAUUGGAAACGCGAUUUCUCGGUAACUCCAGAGACAUUUAUGGUAACGUCAGAGAUGUGAAAAGAGUCGGUCUAAAAGUAGAUUCGCCCAUUUACGGAUUUUCCUUGCGUAGGGAUAGAAUAGACAUAUAAUAUUCAUGUAAUCCUGGGUUUUUGUAUUUAUUUAUAUAGUUGUGAUUUUUACUAAUCAUUCCUUUACCAUUGUUUGAGAGCAUGUUUUUAUAUUUUGUAUCCUUGUAAAUUAUGGGCUUAUUAUACAAAUAAUUAAUAUGACUUUAGAAAAAUGUACAGUAAAUAAGGCGUGUAAUCAAUUCAAUUUGUAAUUAGAAUUAUUGUUGAAUAUAUAAAAAGACAUUUUUAUUCGGAAUUAAUUGUACUGUACUUAAAUUACAGUUUGCCAGUUGUUUAUUUCGAUUGAUAUUUUAUUGUUAAAAAAUUGUUGUUUAUAUCUGGUGAAUUAAAUGAUUUGAUGGUU